AUGGUCCGAAAUAUCUUUAAUAAAUUCCAUACAACCGGUCCAUCCCACGGUUGUCUUAGUACCUAUGGUAUGCUUCAGAAUAAACGUAUCGGUGAAGGCGUGUCUGCUACAGUACAGAUAUUACAACGAGGUCAGGAAACAUUGGCAGUCAAAAUCUUUCGCAAAAAGAAGCGAAGAGAGCAUUCUUCUAGUUAUAUGAAGGCACUGGCAAGUGAGUUUUGUAUCUCUUCAGCAUUAAAUCAUCCCAACGUUAUAAAGACACUAGAUUUCGUUAGGAUGGAUGAAGAUCAUACCAGAUACUGUAUUGUCAUGGAAUACUGCCCAGAAGGAGAUAUGUAUGCAUUGAUCAAGCAAGGCACAAUGGGGCAAGAUGAUAUUGCCAUGUAUUUUAAACAAUUGUUACUCGGACUCGAUUACUUGCAUGCAUUGGGUGUAGCUCAUCGUGACUUGAAACCUGAAAAUCUCUUGAUUAGUCAAGGCACAUUAAAAAUAGCUGAUUUUGGCUCUGCUGAUGUAUUCCGUGUAGCGUGGCAAGAACACAGUAGGCUCUCUGAUGGAUUAUGCGGUACUACACCGUACAUGGCACCCGAGAUAUUUUUAGACGGAGGUUAUUGGGGUGCGCCUGUGGAUGUAUGGGCAGCGGGCAUUAUUUAUUUUUGUAUGCAAUUUGACGGAGUUCCGUUUGGAGCAGCUGUAGGCACGGAUACGAAUUACCCCAUCUACUUGCGCAAACGUGGGUUACGGCAGUAUGGACCCUUUGAUAAACUCAAUGUGAAUGCCCGUAAUAUGAUAUAUGCCAUGCUCAAUCCUGAUUGUCAACGUAGAGUGACCGUACACGAUUUACUCAAUAUGCCACUAUUAUUAUAA